UAUCUAUAUGUAUAUAUAGCUUGCUUUGAAAUGUGUUCCAUAUAUUUCUGUGAGUGCUGGAGUUUCCAGCAACAAAAAAGGGGAAAAGAAAACUUUUCCACUGGAAUAAAAAUCCAAUCUUUGAAUGCCUCAAACCCCGUGCGUCUGAAAGUGGGUAGAAAUCUUUGAAUCAGACCCAUCAUUUUCUCUCUUUUUUCUGCAUUCCCAUUUCAAGAAAAUAUUCAGAAACAAACAUCUCACUGUCAAAUUUUGAUAAGUGGGAAAGAAUUCAAACCAGCUUCCCCUUCUUGUACGCGUGUCAUUCGUAUUUGAAGGUUUGAUACAUAUAUAUAGACCAUAAUUGCAUCCACAUAUCACAUAAAGAGAAGAUAUUUGCUUAUCUAUAAACACAUAUACCUUCUCACACCAAAAGGGACUUAGGGCUCUUCCAUUUUUUGGUGUUGAUUUUGGGGGUGCAAGAAAGCCAAGAAUAAACUGUUUGGGGGAAAAUCAGGUUCUGUGGCCAUGACCUUAACACAAGGGCUCAACACCAUGAGCAGGAAGAAUGCAAUAAAAUUGGUGAAUUGUGAGCCUGAGAAACUGGUUCUUGAAACCUCACUUUCAUUCAAGGGCUUAGUUCAAGAUUUAAGGAAAGUAGAAGGUGAUGCUGCAGUUGAGGGUGUUGCUGAUAAGUUGGUGUCUUGUAUUGAUCUCCCUGAGCCUGCUAUAAUGUUCUCUCCGCGCCCGGUCAGCGAGCUGGAUGCAGCCGCGGUGAAGCUCCAGAAGGUGUACAAGAGCUACCGGACCAGGCGAAACCUUGCUGAUUGUGCAGUUGUGGUGGAGGAGCUAUGGUGGAAGGCCUUGGACUUUGCAGCUUUGAAACGGAGCUCUGUGUCGUUCUUCGAUGUGGAGAAGCCGGAGACUGCUGUCUCGCGCUGGGCUAGAGCGCGAACCAGAGCUGCCAAGGUGGGGAAGGGGUUGUCUAAGGAUGAAAAGGCUCAAAAACUUGCACUUCAGCACUGGCUUGAAGCUAUCGAUCCACGCCAUCGCUAUGGGCACAACUUGCAUCUCUACUAUGAUGUGUGGUUCAAGAGCGAGAGCGCUCAGCCGUUCUUCUACUGGCUGGACGUUGGAGACGGGAAGGAAGUGAAUCUCGAGAAAUGCCCGAGGACCAGCCUGCAAAAGCAAUGCAUCACCUAUCUAGGACCAAAGGAGAGGGAGUCGUACGAGGUCGUGGUUGAGGAUGGGAAGCUUAUGUACAAAGCAAGUGGUGUGUUGGUGGAGACCAUCGAGGGAUCAAAGUGGAUAUUCGUUCUCAGCACGACAAGAACUCUGUACAUCGGGCAGAAGAAGAAGGGCCUUUUCCAGCACUCGAGUUUCUUGGCUGGAGGAGCUAUCACAGCUGCUGGGAGAUUGGUGGCUCAUGGUGGUGCUCUUGAGGCAAUUUGGCCUUACAGUGGUCAUUAUCUUCCCACAGAAGAAAACUUCAGAGAGUUCAUAAGCUUCCUCGAGGAGCACUCUGUCGAUCUUUCAGACGUCAAGAGAUGCGCGACGGAUGAUGACCGUCCUCCUGUCAUGAGUGGUGCGAACGAGGAGAACGCAUCACAGGGCAGCCUCAGCCAGCAAGAAAACGCCACCAUACGCGAUGAAGAUGUUCCAUCGAUGGAGCCAGUACGUGAUCAUGAAAAUAAGCUGGAAUACAGCUUUGCCAAGCGUAUGUCGUGCAAGUGGAGCACAGGGGCAGGGCCGAGGAUCGGGUGUGUUAGGGAGUACCCAACGGAGCUACAAACACGAGCACUUGAACAGGUGAACCUUUCACCUCGGGUGGUGAAUGGAGGCAUUGGCAACUAUGGGCCGAUCCCAUCACCCCGGCCUAGUCCAAAGCUUCGACUUUCUCCUAGAGUUUCGUACAUGGGACUGCCCAGUCCGAGGACUCCGAUGGCUGCAGCUCACUGAGGAAGACAGAGAGAUAGGGAUUGGAUUUUGGCUAAGAAGAGACACCUUCUUCAAUAAGGGAACUAACUUUAAUCUUUCUUUUAUUCAAUUAAUAAGUUUGUAAAUGUCUCAUUUCCAUGACAAGCUUUUUUUAAAGGUUUUGGCUCCUUUUGAGAGUUGUAAGCAAGGUUUUAGUUAGUAAUGUGUUGCUUCAGCUGUUGCUAGUUAACCAAAUUCUGAGUGUUUAUACUGAGUUUCACAAAGUCCUCCUUA